AUAUUUUAUAAUCUAUUUAUUUACAGAUGAUGAAAAUGAAGACAUAUCCUUGUCUGUCUCGUCAUACCUAUCUGACAUUGUUCGUAUUUGCAGCUUUAACUGUAUUUGGACAUGCUCACCUUAAUGGAGAUAUCGCCAUAGAAAAUGAUGGUUUAGUUAAAGUCUAUACCAAUGAUCAAUGGACAGCUAUAUGCGUAUCAGGAGACUUUACAGUUCAAUCUCAAGUGCUGUGUCGGAGUUUCGGUCAGCAAUUUUCCUUUUAUUAUUCAAGUAGUGCAUAUUUACCAGGCACAUUCAGAAAUUUAGCAUGCAGAGGUGAUGAAAACUCACUAUCAGCUUGCACUGAUUUUUAUUUUUCUUCUUAUGGCUGUUCAUAUAGCAAGCUUCAUGUUCAAUGCCAGAAUAACUCAACUAAAGCAUUUUGCCCAUUUGACAAUGACAUUUGUGGAAUGAUUAUUGAAGGUACAAAUUAUAAAUGGAUACGUGUUUCUCCUCAAGCAUCCUCAGGACUGUCAGCACAAUCAGUACCCAAAAGUGAUCACACGACUGAAAGUUAUAAAGGAAAAUAUAUGCUUGCUUCUGCAACUGGUUUCCCUGGACAAAAAACAACUUUGAGAACAAAACCCUUCAGUGGAAAUCUCGGCAGUGUCAGUUUCUACCUUCACAUGUCUGGAAGAAACAUGGGAAGCCUAAAUAUCUCUGUUCGAACUAAUAAUUCUAGCAAAAAAUCUAUUGGAUCUAUAUCAGGCAAUCAAGGCACUGGAUGGAAACAUCAAUGUCUUCCCGUGAAUGAGGGAUAUGGGAAUCAUGAAAUCAUAUUUGAAGCUAUCCAAGGAAAUGGUUUUGACAGUGAUAUUGCCCUUGAUGAUGUCACCUUAUCAGAAAAUAGCUGUUCAAGUCACUGGAAUGUUAGCUGUGAUUUUGCGAGUGGCACUUGUGGUUAUAAUAUUCAAAAUAAGGAAUAUGUAAGCAGUGGUUGGAGACUUCUCAUUACUGGAAAGUACAAUUAUUCUACUUCCGAAAACUACCUGCUAUUUUCUUCUGGUUACAACUCAGAGAUAAGACACUCUAUAAAGUCACCUAUGAUUGAUAUUCCAAAUGAAAAGAUGAAACUUGAAUUUCUCUAUAAUAUGCCUGGGACUAAAGCUCAAGAACUACAAGUAAGAUUUGUGGAAGAUGCACUUAAACCAUUGUUUUCUAAAACACCAUAUUUCUGGCAAGAUUCUGGAGACCAUGGAACUGAGUGGCAAUAUGGUUGUAUGGAUUUACCAAGUACACGUGGAAGAAUCGUAUUCACUGGUAUUGCUGAAAAUAGCUAUUCAACCUUGGGUCUUGAUGAUUUAGUUAUUGAUAAAGGCAACUGUCGAACUGGUAUCACAAAUCAUAAGUGCACAUUUGAUAAUCCACUACUCUGUGAAUAUGAAAUUACUUGUAUGAAUCCUAAUGAAUAUACAUGGAGGAGGAAGAAGGGAUCAACUCCAACGUCUUACACUGGACCUGACGGAGAUAAUUCACAAAAAAGAAAUGGACACUAUAUGUAUGCAGAAGCUUCUUAUGGAAAUUACAAUGAAACAACAAGCCUUAGGUUUCCAGUUUCAAAAGAUGCCAAAGGGAGACAACUGAAAUUUGAUUACCACAUGUAUGGGAGUCAUGUUGGUCAACUAUAUGUUGUAUUUAUCACUAGUCAAUCUUCAAAUGAAGAAAUAGUUUGGAUGAUGAAAGGAAAUAAAGGAGAAUACUGGCUCAAAGCAUGUGUACCUAUUAAAAAUGACAUAAGUGAAAUCAUAUUUGUAGCUGUAAAAGGAUAUUCAUACCAAGGAGACAUUGCAAUAGACAAUGUGGUAAUUGAAGAAAAAGGAUGCCCUGGUCCCUUUGAUUGCGACUUUCAAAAUGGAAUCUGCAAAUAUAGCAUUGCCUCUUAUUACGGUUUUGGAUGGUAUAUUCGGCAUGACUAUUCAUACGAAAGUAAUACAAACAAUUACUUAUACAUUUAUUCAAGAACAGAUACUGAAAAUUCAGAAGUUUACAUACGGUCACCUCAAGCAGAUGUGAAGGAAAAUUCUAGUGUCACCUUCAAAUACUUAAUGAGAGGACCUAUGAAAGAAUUUGCACUCUUUACUUAUGACUCUUAUUCAUCGAAGGAAUUGUUGUGGUCUUCAAAUUUCAAUGAUAUUCCUGAAUUCAUUACUGCUUGUGUGGAUUUUCCAAAUUCAACAACAUUCGGGCUGAAUUUUCAGGGUACAGUAAAUGCUAAUUCAUAUUGGGACGGAUAUAUAUACUUGGAUGAAAUUGAAGUCCAUAAUGAAACAUGUAAAUUGGGUCUUACAUACCAUUUUUGCAAAUUCAAAGAAGUACAUCUGUGCAAUUUCCAAGUUAAAUGUCCAGAGAAUACCAGAUAUAACUGGAGCCAAGGAUCUUCUUCAGAUUACCGAGAGAUUCCAUAUCUUCAUCGCUACUCAAAUGACAGACACUAUUACAUGUAUGUUGAUUCUAUAAAUGGCAAACCUGAAGACGUGACACAUCUUUCUUUUCCAAAUGUUGAACCCCCAGCAGGCCAUAGUUUAUUCUUUGAUUAUUAUCUCCAGCAAGGAGCUGGCAAACUUCAGAUUGAGAUUGAAACUGCAAAAGGAAAGGAACUUGUGUUUGAAGAAGUUAGUGUUGCUCCAUCAUCUGCAUGGCUAUCUGGAUGUGUUCGGGUAACAAAUGAAGAUACAGACAUUGAAUUUAUUGCAACACAUGGGUAUGGAAUGGGUCAAUAUAUUGGUCUCACGAAUGUUGGUUUCUUGGGAAAAGAAUGUCAAGACAGAAAUAUUUCCUGUGGUUUCACAGAAGGCACAUGCCAGUAUGGCAACUUAAAUUACUACUCAAAAUGGGAAAGAAUAAAUUCAAGAAAUGAUACUGACCUAACAGAUGGCUUUUAUAUGAAAACUACACUCUUCUACUAUAGUGAAAGCAAUUUGGCAUCUCCAACUGAAAAUAUCACCAACAGCUGUGUACAAAUUAGAUAUAAGAUAAUCAACAAAAAUUGCAAGCUGACCAUCUAUAAUGCCUUUAACAACAACACUAUUUUAAGUAUGGUGAGUGAUGAUACAACUCCAUGGGGAAUAGCUCAAGUGUAUAUUCAGCAAGAGAUUACAAAACUCGUUUUCCAGGCACAAAGUGUAAGCUAUGGAGUGUGUGGAGUUUUACUUGAUUAUGUCUACAUCAGAGAAAAUAAUUGUCCACAAUUAGAUUGUCCAGUUGGAACAAGAAAGUGUAAAAAUAAUUAUUGUUAUAGUGAAUCUAAAGUAUGUGACAGAACCAAUGAUUGUAGUGAUGGUAGUGAUGAAAUGAAUUGCCCUGAUUCAAUUUCAUGUGAUUUCGCAACAAAAUACUACUGUGGUUAUAAAAUUGCAUAUGGAUGGGUACCGGUAUUGGAUAAUGGUACUAGUUUCUUUAAUGUUCCUGGUAGUAUGCAGAUUAUAGGAACAAAGGGGAAAAUGCUGUCACCCAUGGAAACAUUGGCAGAUUCAUGUGUGAAUAUCAAGUUUACUACAGCUUUUGCACUAACUGGGAAUUUCUCAGUUAUUUUACACCAGAAGAACCCUAAUGGAAAUAAUUCACAUCAUCUUGCUUGGAAUGAAUAUUUCUUUAGUCAAAGAGAUGAAACAUAUGAAGGACAAUUCCAGCUUCCAGCAGGGACAAGUUUUCUUACAUUCAUUGCGGAUAUCAAGACCGGGGGAAUGGCAAUUAAUAGUGUCAACAUUUAUAAUGGAACCUGUCCUGAAUUAAAUUGUCCAAAGUAUAGCCAUAAAUGUUUAGACAAUUCAAAAUGUAUCAAUGAAAAAAAUCUGUGUAACAAUUACGAAAAUUGCAUUACUGGCAGUGAUGAAGCAAAUUGUCCAAAAUACUUUUCAUGUGAUUUUGAAGAUACUAAUAUGUGUGGUUGUAAAAGUCACCCAGAAAAUGCAUGGGGGAUAUCUACUGGAAUGUUUGGCAAUAUACCCUCAAUUGAUAAUUCAGAAGGAACAUAUGAAGGCCAAUAUAUAAUGUCAAAUUAUAGUAAAGAAAGCAAGUUUACAGUACCUCAAAUAGAAAUUGAAGAGACUUUCUGCUUUAACUUUCAUUACAUGUUUUAUGGAAAUGGUACUGUAUCGGUUUAUGACAAUGAUACUUACCUAAUGAGCCUUUCUAAAUUUGAUUAUGAUAUGUGGAGAGGUGUCAAUAUCACAUUGUCUGGAGGAAUUCACAACAUUCACUUUGCAUACUCAAAGGAGGGAAACAGCACAUCUGGAGCAAUAGCACUUGACAGUGUUUCAAUAAUCCCAGGAAGAUGUUUAUACAAACGUUGUGAAGAAAACUGGUAUCCUUGUAAUAACAAUGCCACAUGCUAUUCUUUUUCUGAAAAAUGUGAUGGUAUGGAUCAUUGUCCCAAUGGAGAAGAUGAAUAUAAUUGCUCAGGUGUAAAACGGGAGUUUAAAUUAACUCAUGGCCGAACUUUGAUGUCUGGAAGAGUGGAAAAGCUUUAUGGGUCAGACUACAUACCAGUUUGUAAGAGCUAUCUCUCAGAUGACAUAGUGAAUGACAUCUGUUCGGAAUUAGGAGCCAAUGGCACUACAACUCAAACAAGCAUAAAAACGUACAUGACUGGAAAUUAUUAUUAUUAUUAUUAUUAUUAUAAUUAUUAUGGUUAUCAGCGAUGGGAUUUAUACAAUUGUGAUGGACGAUGCCAAUGCGAUACCACUUAUGUGACUUGUUCCAAUACAAGUUGUGAAAAUGGUGAAGUUAGAUGUCCUCCCGGUCGCAAUGAAACCAAUUCUACAAAUGUAUGCAUUCGUAAAGAAAGUAUGUGUAAUGGAGAAAUUGACUGUGAAGGUGGCACUGAUGAAAAGAAUUGCGCUUCAUGUGCAAUUGGAAAUUGGCAAUGCAAAAAUCUGAAAUGCAUCAAACAAGAACUUCGCUGUGAUGGUAAAAAAGACUGUGAUGAUGACUCUGAUGAAUUCUAUUGCUUUACAUACAUAAACAACACAAUUCUAGUGUCCCACAAUGGUUCAUAUGAAAAUAUUUGUGAAGACAACUUGAACAGUGAAAAAAUUGCAAAUCAUUUGUGUUCCUCUGUUGGAAGAAGUAAUGGAACAUUUGGUAAUUCAAUUGAGGGAUUUGGUGUAAAAUUCACACAAAACCCUUCAGACAGCAAUAUGGGACUGAUUCCAGGAUUCAAAGCAAAUUCCUUCGAGAAGUGCAAAUACAUGGUAUUGGAAUGCAGUAAAGAAGUUUGUGGUACUCGAAAACGAGAUUUGUUUGAACCCAUCGUUCAGAAUGGACAUAAUGCUUUACAAGGUGAAUGGCCAUGGGUUGUGGAGUUACUCAGAGGAACCAGAUUUGUUUGCACUGCCUCAUUGAUCAGCAGAUAUUAUGUGCUUACUGCAGCUCACUGUGUAGAAAACAACUAUUACGGAUAUUCAGUAAGAACUGGAUCUAUAAAAAGAGGUGAAGGAAAACUUUAUAAGGUGACUCAAGUCUUAAUACAUGACGAGUAUGGGCAUUUUAUAAAAGGUUAUGAUUUGGCACUUCUUUAUAUAGAAAGUGGAAUUAUAUUGACAGAUGAUGUGCAACCAAUUUGUCUUCCAGAAAAACCUGCCUCCAUAGAUAAAGUCUACUAUGUGACUGGUUGGGGUCGAAAUGAAAAAGAUGAAAGUGUAUAUACUUUACAAGAAAUCAAAAAUGAAAUUGUAGAGUAUCAAAACUGCAGAAAGUAUUUCUCAGCCAUCACGAAGGCUGUAAUAUGUGGCAAUAAUAAAGAGUUUUAUUCACCAAUCUGUUUUGGUGACAGUGGAGGCCCAUUCCAAACACAAAAUGACCAUGGUCAAUGGGAGGUGCAAGGUGUUUCCAGCUUUGUUGCGAAAGACUGCAGAUAUACUGUGUCAUAUCCAGCAGGAUUUUCUGCUGUUUAUUCCGGAAUAGAAUGGAUUAAGAAAUAUGUACAUGUCUAAAUUCCAUUCAAAAUAUCUCUUGCGAUGUUCAAAAUUAUUUUGUACUUAAACUAAACUGAUUUCAUUAACUGCUUAAUCCUACAAUAAUUCUUAAAUCUCACCCGAUGACUUAAAUUUGAAUCGUAUUCAAUGCUUGCUUCCUUUAAUUCUAUGAGUUUUGUUUAUACAUAUCUAUUCAAAGUUUAAAUAUACAAAUGUAUUCUUGUAAUAUCGUUAUUUUAAUCAUAAAUUUAUUACGUUUUAAAUUGAAAGAUUGAUUUUCACAGAAAUACCUUCAAACUGAAAGAAUUGAAAGAAUUAUAAUGAACAUUAACUUCAAAAUAAAUUACUGCAAUUUUAAAUUUAGGAAUCAUGCUGACAUGAGAACAGAUAUGCACACACACACACACACACAUACACACGCGCGCGCGCGCGCACGCACCUACACACAUGCACACACACAGAUGAUCAUAUGCACACAUGCGUGCGCACGCAUACAUACACAUACACCUUUCUAGAAACUACAAUCAUCUGUAAUUUAUGAAAGUAUGUAAUUUUAGCUAUAAACAAAACCAGUUAAAUAUUUGACACUGUAAUUAUUUGUUAUCAGCCAUGCGUUUUUGUUUUUUGCUUUUAGCUUUUUCUAGGGUUUUUUGUUUUUCUUGUCAACUUCAGUUUUAACUUUUACUUUGCAAAAAUUUUUUUAGAAUUAAUCAAUUCACUUGUUAUAUGACACUUUACAUAAUUCCUAACACUUAUAUUCAAGAAAAAUUUUGCGAAUUAUUUUCAAUGAUGAAUUAUUCAAAAUCUUAAAAGUAAACAUUUGUAAUGAUUCAAAAUCUUUAAUAAAACUUAAUCAGUGUGA